AUGCAGCAGGAACAGGAGCAAGUGCAGCAGCAGCAGCAGAUGCAGCAGCAGCAGAUGCAGCAGCCGCAGGUGCAGCAGGAACAGCAGCAUUUGCAGCAGCAACAACAGCAGCAGGCGCCGGAGUGGCAGUCGAUGCAGACGCAGCAGCAGCAGCAGCAGCAGCAGCAGCAGCAGCAGCAGCAAGCUGCCCAGGAGGCGGAGCUGCAGAGCCUGCAGGGCGGCGUCCAGAGACUGGCGGAGCAGGUGCACGGCAUGCAGAACCAGCGCCAGAUGUUGCAGCAGAUGCUGCAGGGGCCGAUCAUACCGAUGCAGCAGGCGCAGGUGAUGCAGCAGCUUCAGAUGAUACAGCAGCAGUUGCAGACCUUGCAGCCAGAGUUGCAGCGGCAGCAGGCGCAGCUGCAGCAGCGGCAGCAGCAGCUGCAGGCACAGCAAGCGCAGCAGGAGCAGGAGGCGCGGCAGCAGGCGCAGCAGCAGCAGCAGCAGCAGGUGCCGAUGGCGGCGCUGCCGGGGCAGCAAGUGCCAGGGCAGCAGGUGCCGGGGCCGCAGAUGGCGGGCCAGCAGGUGUUGGGGCAGCAGGUGCCCCAGCAGCAGGAGAUGCAGCAGCAGCAGGCGCCACAGCAGCAGCACCUGCCGCAACAGCAGCAGCAGCAGGCGUUCCCGGCGUUGCAGCAGCAGCAGCCGCCCGUUACCCAGGCGUCUCCGGAGGAGAGCCCAGAGGUAGAGCAGAAGCGACAGGCGCAGAUUGCCAGCCUGACGCAGAUGCGGAACCAGCUGCAGGAGAACUUGCAGGUGGUGCAGGGCAACCUGCAGCAGCUCUCGCAGCAGCAGGCGCAGCUGCAGCAGCUGUUCGCGCAGGCACAGCCCGGGCCGCAGCAGCAGCAGGCCAGCAGCCACAGUACCAACAGCAGCAGCCACAGGUACCAGCACCAGCCACACGUGGACGUGAUGGCGCAGUCCUGGCCCUUGCAGCAGUUGCCCCAGGAACAGCCCGCCGAGCAGCAGCAGCAGCAGCAGCAGCAGCAGCCGCAGCAGGCCCCGGAGCAGGCACCAGCGCAGCAGGCCCAGCUGCCGCAGCAGUCCCAGCUGCCGCAGCAGGGCCAGCAGCCGCAGCAGCCGCAGGAGCCGCCGGGCGGCCAGUCGGCGGCCGCGGCGCAGGAGGCCCAGCAAGCCCAGCUGGCGCAGCAGCAGCAGCAGGCCCAGCAGCAGCAGCAGGCCCAGCAGCAGCUGCAGGCCCAGCAGCAGCUGCAGGUCGCGCAGCAGCAACAGCUCCAGCAGCAGAUGCAGCAGCUGCAGGAGCGGCACCAGCUGCAGCAGCAGCAGCUCAUGCAGCAGUUGCAGCACAAUCCGCUGUUACUCCAGCAGCAUCCUCAGCUUCUCCAGCAGCAGCAGCAGCAGCUGCGGCAACAGCAGCUCACGGAGGAGCAGCAGCUGGUGCAGCAGUGGCGCGCUCAGCAGGCGCAGAGUCAGGCAGCCCAACAGGCCCCGCAGGGCUCCCUCAGCUCCCUGCUGGGCGGCGGGGCGGCGGGCCAGCAGGCGCAAGCACAGGCGGCGCAGAGCCAGGCGACGCAUGGCCAGGGUUCCCUCGCGCAGCUGCUCGCCGCCACCGGGCCCGCCGCCGGCGCCCCCGCGGCCGCCCAGACGGCCGCCGCGCAGGAGCUGGGCGAAGGCCCCGCCCCCAGCGACAACGCGUCGCUCACCGCCGCGCUGCUCGGCGCGCUCCCCGGCGGGGGCGCGGCGACGGGCCCCGCCGCUGGCCCCCAGGCCGCCCAGACGUCUCCGGCCAUGGCUGCCACCCAGGCUAACCCAUACACGCUGCUGCACCAGCAGAUGUUUGGCCAGCAGGCUGCCACGGGGCAAGCCGCAGCUGGGGCCGCCUACGCGGCCGCGCUGCAGCAGUACCAGAGCGCGCUGGCGGGGCGCGGCUGA